GGUUUCAAGCUACGUUGACACGGCUCUCCUCACCUUCACUUUUCGGGAAUGAUAUCAAGACCGUCCUCCUCACAGCAGAGUAUCAGACCCAAAAUCGCUUUCGGUUCAAGAUCACUGAUCCUAAAAGGCAGAGAUUUGAAGUCCCCCAUGAGCAUGUGGGACCCUUCAGCGGUCCAGCAGCCUCCAACUUAAAAUAUGAAGUUGAUGUCCAGCAAAAUCCCUUUGGCAUCAUGGUGACCAGAGCCAGCAACGGAAAAGUUUUGUUCAAUACCACCAUCGGCCCACUGCUGUACGCCGAGCAGUUUUUACAGCUCUCCAUCAAACUCCCCAGCAGCAACAUCUACGGGGUGGGCGAACACGUGCAUAAGCAAUACCAACACGACGUCAACUGGAAAACCUGGCCCAUAUUCAGCAGGGACGUGGCCCCUUCUGGAAACACGGAUAACUUAUACGGGGUUCAGACUUUCUUCUUAUGUUUGGAAGACAACACUGGAGCCUCUCUUGGUGUUUUCUUGAUGAAUAGCAAUGCCAUGGAGUUUGCCCUGCAGCCAGCGCCAGCUGUCACUUACAGAACAAUUGGGGGAAUUCUUGAUUUUUAUGUCUUCUUGGGAGACACCCCCGAGCAAGUGGUGCAGGAGUACGUGAAGUUCAUAGGGUUGCCAGCAUUGCCCUCCUACUGGAGUCUGGGAUUUCACCUCAGCAGGUACGAUUACGGGUCUCUCGACAAUGUGAAGGCUGUGGUGGAGCGAAACAGAGCAAUCGGGCUCCCUUAUGACGUUCAGUACACGGAUAUCGACUACAUGGAAGCGAGGAAAGAUUUUACUUACGACAAAGUGAACUUCAAAGACCUCCCCAAUUUUCAAACUUAUAUGCAUGACUAUGGGCAAAAAUACAUUAUCAUACUGGAUCCUGCUAUCAGCACAGAGGCUCUCGCUGGUGGUUCUCCCUAUCAAGCCUACGAGAGGGGACAAAGCAAGAAGGUUUGGGUUAACGAGUCGGACGGAGUGACACCGUUAGUCGGAGAGGUGUGGCCAGGAAGAACCGUCUUCCCAGACUUCACCAACCCUGACUGCACCAGCUGGUGGGUGGAGGAAUGCAAAAAAUUUUAUAAACAAGUGCCAUAUGACGGGAUCUGGAUUGAUAUGAAUGAAGUAGCCAACUUUGUUCAAGGGUCAAGUAAUGGAUGUGAGCAGAACAACUUAAACUAUCCUCCCUUCACGCCCCGUGUUGUCGAUAGACUCUUGUAUUCCAAGACACUCUGUAUGGAUGCAGUGCAGAAGUGGGGGCAGCAAUAUGAUGUUCACAACCUUUUUGGGUACUCUAUGACCCUCUCAACACAACGAGCCAUUGAAACUUUAUUUCCUGGAAAACGAAGCUUCCUUCUUUCAAGGUCUACUUUUGCAGGAUCGGGAAAGUACGCCGGACACUGGCUGGGAGAUAACGCAGCAACGUGGGACCACAUAAAAUGGGCGAUACCUGGAAUGCUGGAAUUUGGCCUCUUUGGAAUCCCUUAU